UACGUCAUUUCCUGCACGAGGAAGCCCUUAAAUGUGUCAACAGAUCGCAAAACAAAUACAUACAGUAACAGUUAAGAGUUGCGCUCGAUGGUCGGAGUCAACGGUAAGAGAGCUGUGUUGGUGGAUUUCUCGGAAUAAUGCACCGCAUUUGAUGAAUGGGGCGUUUGGUGAGUCCCCUUCCCAUCACCACAGACUCACCAGGCUUCAUUGUCAAGAUUGGGAUCCUGAUUGAUUGACUUUCCUGUCUAACCGGAGGUGUUCCUGUGAAAGACGCCGGGGUGACACAAUGGACGGGUCAGAGGAGUUUGAGGGACGCACCAUGGUUGAGGUGAUCACUGACAAGUACAACCUGGAGAACUUCCCCUACUGUCGUGGGCCCGGCACGGGUGUGGUGGUUCUGACCAGCCCACAGAGUUCUCCAGUGAAAGGCCAGCUGAACUUGCCUCGAGUGCUCGUGCUGGACAGCUGUGGAAUCACCCAGGCUGGAGAUGAAUCAGAGGUUGCCACCUUCUGUGCCCAUGUGGUAGAGCUGGACCUUUCAAAUAACCACCUGCAAGAGUGGGGGGAGGUCUUGAAGAUCGUGUCCAACGUUCCGAAGCUGGACUUCCUCAACCUCAGCAUGAACCCUCUGAGUGGGUCACAGCUGGAGCAUGAGGCGGAGCCUUUUCUAGAGCUGCGCCACCUGGUCCUCAACAACACCCACGUGUCCUGGGGAGUCCUUCACAAACUCACUCGGGAGAUCCCAAAGCUGGAGGAGCUCUUCCUAUGUCUGAAUGAAUAUCGGUCCGUCCAGUUGUCCGAUGUGCCUUGCGCCUCCCUGCGGCUAUUACACAUCUCGGACAACCAGCUGCAGGACUGGGCCGAGGUGCGUAAGCUCGGCCUCAUGUACCCCGGGCUCCAGUCCCUCAUCCUCGCCAACAACACGCUGACCUCCAUCGAUGAGCCACAGGAGUCUCUCUGCCGCCUGUUCCCCCAGCUGCGCUGUAUCAAUCUUCAUAACACGGGUCUGAGUCGUUGGGAGGACAUUGAGAGGUUGAGCAUGUUCCCCAAGCUGCAGGAGGUCAAAGUCAUGGGGGUUCCGUUACUGCAGUCCUACAGCACCACAGAGCGAAGGAGUCUCGUGGUGGCACAGCUCCCUACAGUCACGGUGCUGAACGGGAGUGUGGUGACACCAGGAGAGAGGGAGGACGCCGAACGUUUCUUCGUCCGCUACCACGUUGAGUAUCCUGAGAAUGAGCUACCUAAAAGGUACCACAGCCUAGUGGCUCAGUACGGCCGACUGGAGCCCCUGGUGGACGUGGACCUGCGCCCCCAAAACAACGUGCUGGUGGACAUCCGCUACGGGGACCACGCGGAGCAGGUGAGCCUCAAGCUGGGGCAGACGGUGGCGGAGCUGAAGAAGGCGCUCAAGCCCCUGCUGCAGCUUCCGUGCAACAAGAUGCGCGUCUACCACGUGCCGCCGCUGCAGGGGCCUCAGGAGCUCAAGUACAACAGCCGAGCCCUGCACUCCUACAAGAUGCGCGACGGGGACGAGAUUUUGGUGGUGCCCAAGGAUCUCGGGUUCACCCAACGGGCUGCAGCCCCCUAUGGGUUCACAUGUCCCCCUGUCACAGCCACAGCUCGCGUCCACGCGCCCGACACCUCCAUUAGCAUCGGUGUCGGCCGGCUGCCGGGACUCCGUUUCACAGCGGUCCUUCCUUUUUUUGCCCCCUCCUACGGUCUGCUCAGCCUCCACCUGUUGCCCUCCUGCCCGGUCGAUGGUACCCAGGUGGAUGGGACUCUGCUUUGCUCUCACGGACGCCUGAUGCCACAGGAUAUCCUCUACCCCUUUGGACCGGCCUAUAGGGAUUUAGAGACCCCAAAGAUGGACGAUGGCAGCUCCCCAGAAAUUCCUCUCCUCAUCCCUUUUUUCUUCUUCACCAUCCCCUACCGCUCUCUCUACGUAAACAACAAUGGAGUGAUCUCCUUUGGUGUACAAGUAAGCCAGUUCACCCCUGAAGCUUUCCCCCUCAGCGACAGUCGCUCCUUCAUCGCUCCUCUCUGGGGCGACGUACACAAUGGCAUCCGAGGCGACGUGUACUAUCGUGAGACCAUGGCGGCAGACAUCCUGGAAAGGGCAACCCUGGAUGUCCGCAAGAUAUAUAAAAACAUGGGCUCCUUCACAGCCACCUGGGCCUUCAUUGCAACGUGGCAUCAGGUCACAUUUUAUGGAGGCAGCCAGACCACUCCGGUGAAUACAUUUCAGUGCGUCCUCAUUUCGGAUGGAGUAACAUUCUUCUCCAUGUUCAACUACGGAGACAUUGCCUGGAGCACAGGCACAGCCAGUGGAGGAGAUCCCCUUACCGGCCUGGGCGGAACCACAGCACAGUCAGGUUUUAAUGGCGGCGAUGUGAGUCACUUCUUCAACCUCCCUGGCUCUCGUACCAAUGAUGUCGUGAACAUUGAACAAACCACCAACGUCAACCAUCCUGGCCGAUGGUUCUUCCGGGUUGACACAGAGCAGAUAGAUCCAGCCAAUGGGUGCAGCUAUAAUGGUCGUUUCUACCGACGGGGCGAGGUGUUCUGGCUGUCAGACCAGUGCUCCCAGCGGUGCCGUUGUCUGGAUAUAGAUAAUGAGGUCUUUUGCCAGGAGGCUCCGUGUGGGCAGCUAGAAACGUGCGAACAGCUGGACGGCGCCUACUACUGCCAGCCUACGCGCACUAGCACCUGUGUGGUGUUCGGAGACCCCCACUACCACACCUUCGAUGGUUUCCUCUACCACUUCCAGGGCACCUGCUCCUACUUGUUGGCCCGUCCCUGUUGGGAGAGCCCUGGGCUUCCCUACUUCAGUGUGGAGGCCAAGAAUGAGAACCGGGGCUCUGCGAUGGUGUCCUGGCUUCGAGACGUCACUAUAGACGUUUACGGCCAUCGGAUAAAUCUGCCAAAAGGCAGCCUGGGAACAGUUCAGGUGGAUGGCCUGAUGCGGACACUUCCAGUGCAGCUUCAGCUUGGAGCUGUCCGAGUGUAUCAGUCGGGCGUGGCCGUUGCCCUGGAGACAGAUUUCGGCCUCCUGGUGACAUAUGAUGGGCAACACUACGCCUCCAUCUCCCUGCCGAGUCCUUACUUCAACAACACCUGCGGCCUGUGCGGCAACUACAACGACGAUCCGGCCGACGACCCCGUGCUGCCGGACGGCUCGCUGGCAGAGAGUGUGGUGGAGCUGGGAGGAAGCUGGAGGGCAGAGGACUUUGACUGGCGAUGCACAGAUGGCUGUGCCCACAACUGCAGUGUGUGCGACCCAACCACCGAGGCCUUCUACUUCAAGCCGGACUACUGUGGCCUCAUCAACAAGACCGACGGGCCCUUCCGAGACUGCCGUGCAGUGGUUGACCCUACUGCCUUUGUGUACAGCUGUGUGUACGACAUGUGUAGUAACCGGGAUAACAUCACCACACUGUGUCAGGCCAUACAAGCAUACGCCCUGGCAUGCCAGGCACUUGGGGUUACCAUUCGUCCCUGGAGAUCACGCACAUUCUGUGCUCUGAACUGUCCUGAGUUCAGCCACUACGAGGUGUGCACCAGCGCCUGCCCCGCCUCCUGCUCUGAGCUGACCUCCCACCUGCACUGCACACACCCUUGCACCGAGGGCUGCCAGUGCGACCAGGGCUAUGUGCUGAGCGGCAGCCGCUGUGUCCGCCACGAGGACUGCGGCUGCGAGCAGGACGGCCUCUACUACACCCUCAACGAGACCUUCUGGGCUGGGGAGGCCAGCGAGCACGGCGGCGAGUGCUCCCAGCGCUGUGUGUGCGGGCCGGCCGGCGAAGUGUCCUGCUUCACUGACUCGUGCCAGGAGGGGGAAGUGUGCAUAGCCGAGGUCGGGCUGCUGGGCUGCUACCCCCGGCGUGAGGGUGUCUGCUUCCUGUCCCAGACACAGGUCAUGUCCACGUUCGACGGCAUCGCGCUGCCAAUCCCUGAUGAGAGCUCCUUCUACCUGGUGAAACCGUGCGUGGUCAUGUCAGCCAACGUGUCUGUCGUGGAGGUGAAGAUGGGAAGAAAGCUGGUGAAUAAAGGCCCCACCUGGAUGCGACCGGUGGUCAUCAGGGUGGGUCACGUGGAGGCUCAGAUCGGUGGAUCAGAUUUUGACUCUGCAAAGCUGAAUGGAGAGCCUGUGGGUCUCCCCUAUGUCCAUCCAGUGGAUAUGCUGACGAUAUACAAGAAGGGAAACAUGACUGUUGUAGAUUGGAAUGGCCUGGUAAAAGUCCGCUACUCCCACCAUGGCCAGCUCAACGUCUCCCUCUCCACUGUCUAUUACAAUGCCACCUGUGGCCUGUGUGGCUUCUUCAACAGCGACCCCAACGACGACCUGCGCCUGCCCAACGGGCGGCAACCAGAGACAGCUGAGCUCUUUGUGGAGGGCUGGAGAGCUAUUGCGGAUGACCUGACGUGUAAUGGGGAUUGUGAGGAUCUGUAUCGCAUGUGUGUGGAUUUGCGGCUCUACCAGAGCCCUUGGCUCUGCGGGAACAUCAACGACCCGGGCAACAGCUCCUUCCUGGCGUGCCACAUGGCCGUCAACCCCUCGCCGUUCUUCAGAAACUGCCUCUAUAACAUGUGUGUGAAAGAGGGCAACCGCUCAGCGCUCUGUUCCUCCCUACAUGCCUAUGCCUCAGCCUGCCAGGAUGCACAGAUCAGUUUAGGAGCCUGGCGAACUGCCACCAAUUGCCCUCUGCCCUGCCCUGAGAACAGCCACUUUGAGGAGUGCGCCAGCUCCUGUCCAGUGACCUGCACCAACCUGGACGAGCUGGACGAGCCGUGCCCGCUGCCCUGUGCCGAGGGCUGCCAGUGCGAGGAGGGCUAUGCUCUCCGGGACGGGCAGUGCGUGGCGCGGAGCGACUGCGGCUGCAUGUACAUGGGUCGGCAGCUGGCCACCAACGAGACCUUCUGGACAGACUGGGAGUGCCAAGAGCGCUGCUUCUGCAACGGUACCGACAACAGCGUCUACUGCCAGUUCGCCCCCUGCGACACCGAGGAGUUCUGCCAGGAGGACGAGGACCUCUACUUCUGCCAGCCGCGCACCGAGGCGCUGUGCGCCGUCGCCGGCUACAGCCACUUCCUGCCGUUCAGCGGCAUUCCGUUCGACCUACAGAGCAGCUGCUCGCUGAUGCUGGCCACCACGCAGUGCGGGGAGGAUGAUGAUGGGCUGCCCCAGUUCAAGCUGUUUAUCCGGAACGAGGAACGAGACACGCAGCAGUCGAUCUGGGUCCGGGGCUUUGUCCUGGAGGUGUAUGGCUAUGAGAUUGAAGUGUCACGGAGCUACAAGAACACUGUCACGGUGAAUAAGGAGCGCCUGUAUCUGCCUCUGAAAUUGGGCCCGAGCAAGGUCAAUAUCUACACCCUCGGUCUGCAGCUGAUGGUGGAGACAGAUUUUGGCCUCAAAGUGGCCUUUGACUGGAACACCCGCGUGCUGCUGUCCCUGCCACGCAGCCUCUACAACGCCACCUGCGGGCUUUGCCAAGGAGUGCCCCUGUCUGGUUCUAGCACCACUGUCACUCAAUGGGGCAUGACAUGGGCAAAGCGCGAGACGUUCUGCCAGGUGGGGUGUGGCGACUCGUGUCCCAGCUGUGGGAACGCGGAGAGGUCUGCAGAAGGCCCCGUGCUGUGUGGGCUGCUGGUGGACCGCGGCAGCGUGUUCGCCCACUGCCACAGUAUGGUGCCGCCGCCGUACUUCUACCAGAGCUGCCUGCAGGACGCCUGCCUGGACCAGGGGGCGCGCGAGACCAUCUGCAACUGGCUCCAGAUCUACGCCAGCACCUGCCAGACUCAGGGAGUGCCCAUCAUUGGCUGGAGGAGCAACACACCAUGCACUGUGUCAUGCCCAGCAAACAGUCACUAUGCCAGCUGCAUGAUGGUGUGCCAACCCCAGUGUGCCCCGGCCCGUGGGCAGCGUGACUGUAACCAGUACUGUGUGGAGGGAUGCCAAUGUGACCAGGGAUAUGUGCUCAACGGCAAGAGCUGCAUCCUCAGUCAGAACUGUGGCUGCUACACCAACAGCAAAUAUUACGAGCCUAAGCAGCUGUUCUGGAACAGCGACUGUACCAAGCGCUGCCAGUGCAUCGGGAGGAAUCUGAUCCAGUGCGACCCCCGCCGCUGUAAGGCCGAGGAGGAGUGCACGCUGCGCAACGGCGUGAGAGGCUGCUUCGCCCGACGCACCCAGCACUGCGUCGCCUCGGGCGGUGGAGUGUUCCGGACCUUCGACGGCGCCUCUCUCCGUUUGCCUGCCUCCUGUUCGUUUGUCCUCUCCACCAUCUGCCACAAGCUGCCAGAGCUCUCGUUCCAGCUCAUCGCCAACUUCGACAAGUGGAGCACGCCAAACCUCACCACUAUCUCACACGCCUACCUGUACAUCAAUGAGGAGAACAUUCUCAUCUCUGGGAGCACGGUCAAGGUAAAUGGUACCCCUGUGACAGUACCUUUUGUCACGGGCCUGAUGACACGCGUGUCCACCUCAGAGGGCUUCCUGGUCAUUGACACGCCCCAGGAGAUCCAGGUGCGCUACAACCGCUUUAACACCCUGAGCAUCACCAUGGGGCCCCGGCUGCAGAACAAGGUGUGCGGCCUCUGCGGCAACUUCAACGGUGACCCCACUGAUGACUACAUCACCUCCCGCGGCAAACCAGCCACCAGCGCCCUGGAGCUCGCGCAGAGCUGGAAGACCAAUGGCAUGCAAUACAGCUGUGAUGAGACCCAGUAUGUGGCCCUGGCCCAGUCCUGUGAUAACACGGCCGUGGCAGCCCUUCAGGCUGAGGACAGCUGCCUAAAGCUCACUGAGAUGAAGGGUUUCUUCCAGCCCUGCCACGGCCUGCUGGACCCCAGGCCCUUCUACCAGUCCUGCUAUCUGGACGGCUGCUACAACCACCACAAGGCCCAGGUGUGCGGCUCCAUGGCGGCAUACGCCGAAGCGUGCCGCUCCUUUGGCACGCUCACGACCAAGUGGAUCACCCAGGAAAACUGCUGUAAGGGGAUGGCACCACAUACCAGUCAGAUUUAUCUGGACCUGUCUUUAGCAGAAUGGAUCUAUGACCCCUGUGCCGGAGAGAUCUGCACAAACAACACAUGUGAGCAGGAGAAUGGAGGAGACCUGUGUGGUUGUCCGGAACUGCCCAGCAAUGAGAUAGGAGAGGAUGACAUCCUUCAGGCAGAGGUGAUAUGUAAGCAUGCUCGGAUGGAGGUCUCUAUAUCCAAGUGCAGGCUCUUCCAGCUGGGCUUUGAGCGGGAGGAUGUGCGCAUCAACGACCAGCACUGCCCUGCCAUAGAGGGAGAGGGCUACAUCUCUUUCCACAUCAACAACACCAAAGGUCACUGUGGCUCCAUUGUACAGUCUAAUGGAACACAUAUCAUGUACAAGAACACUGUCUGGAUAGAGAGUGUGAACAAUACAGGAAAUAUUGUGACACGUGACAAAACAAUCAAUGUGGAGUUCUCCUGUGCCUAUGAGCUGGACAUCAAGAUCUCCCUGGAGACGGUGCUAAGACCCAUGCUAAGUGUCAUAAACCUCACGCUGCCAACUCAAGAGGGAAGCUUCAUCACCAAAAUGGCUCUUUAUAAGAACUCCUCCUACCGCCAACCUUACCGAGAGGGCGAAGUCAUGCUCAGCACGCGAGACAUUCUGUAUGUUGGCGUAUUCGUGGAGGGGGCAGAUGCGCGGCAGCUCAUCCUCAUCGUGAACAUGUGCUGGGCCACUCCCUCCCGCUACAGCACUGACCGACUGCGCUACAUUAUCAUAGAAAGAGGCUGUCCCAACGUCAAAGACAACACCAUUGGCAUGGCUGAGAAUGGCGUCUCUCUUACAUGCCGAUUCCAUGUUACUGUGUUCAAGUUCAUUGGUGACUAUGAUGAGGUCCAUCUUCACUGUGAUGUCACACUCUGUGACUCUGAAGUCCAACCAUGUAAAGUGAACUGCCCACACAGCAGGAGAAUGUACUCAGGAGAAACUGAACACAGGCAACAGCAGAUACUGUCCAUAGGACCCAUCAAACGUAGAGAGACCGACUGGUGUGAAGACAACAAUGGAGGCUGUGAACAGAUGUGCACCAGCCAGAUGAGGGGACCAGUGUGUAGCUGUGUCACAGGAAUGCUCCAGAAAGAUAGGAGAAGCUGCAGAGUGGCUGGUUCUGGUGCUCAACUCCAACCUCUCAUUCCUCUGGUAAUUUUUGGAGUGACCUAUGCUCUUCUGACCCUCACACACACAUUGUCCUGUUUGUCCUAACCCUUCAUGCAACCACACAAGGGAGGAGAGAGGUGGGAAGGACCCAGAUUGAUGGCAAGUAAUUGAGAGACAAGGAGAAAAGGAGCAGCGUAAGAAAACUGAGCAUCCAUUCAAAAAGCGUCACCAUAAAGCAAUAAUAAAACCAAAACACUGCCGAGAAGAAUCAUCAGCCGCAUCUGUUCAAUGAUGUGAAGGACAUCACACAGUGAUCAGCCUUUUUUUAUAUUGGGGCCCUGUGUCUGAAGGCACUGGAGAUAUCCAAUGAGACAACCCCAGAACGCAACAAAUCAAAACAGAUCGGGUUUAGACGUGAACAAAAUAAUUGAACAGGAACAAUACAAACUGUGUCAGAAUUUCAAAAGUAAAUAUAGUGGACAAUAAAAAGUGUGACUUGGCAAAAUUAUCUCAGAAUUGAUAAAACCUAGUGAAUCUAAUGUUUUAGAUGCAGAAUAUGCCUAUUCUAUCAUCACUUUUGUUUCUUCUGUUGUGUUUUACGAAAGGCUUUGGUAUAAUUAUGUAAAAAGGCUUUAUAUUUGGGCAUUGACUGAGAAAUAGAACUAGUUUGUGCAAAAAAAAUUCAACUACCAAAGCCUUUGGUAAAUGCCGUCACAUUUGUCUUUGGUGCCGAUGCCAGUUUGUCUGCUGUGAUUCUCUGGAUUGAUUCAUAUUUAUGUAAAAUUUCUCAAUGAAAUGAAGCACACAGCUAUACUAUAGCCAAUUAUGAAGCAACUGUGAUUUGCAAUAAAAGAAACCACUUGAACAUGUGACAGUUAUCACUGAAAUGUUGAGAUGUUGUUCUGACAGUGUGGCAUUGUAUUAGAGUUUGAUGAGGUUCUUCAAAAAGGUAACGAUCACAAACACCCACAAUGCAACAUUUUUUUUCAAUUCGUCAUAUUUUUACAGAGUAUUAAUGUGUGAAUGUGAAACAAAUUCAAAGUGUUUAAGUAACAUAUAGCAAAAAAAUGUAGAAUGUGAAUACAAAUUUGUUUAAUAUUUUUGAACACACACUAGUGUCUUAAAAUGUUAAUUUUUGCCAAUUAUUUUGAUCCUGUGAAAUGAAAUUUCAUGAAUGAAAGAAUGAUGGUUGCUGGUGGCACCUUGUGGUGACUCCAAAAGCACUGUCCUUUGGUUAUAGUUGAGUCCAAGGGACACCAUCACUGUUGUAUAAAAGGGCAUUCCUUUCCGAUCUGAUCACUAAAUGGAUGUUUGAGGCAUAAAUAAAAAGAAAUCCCAGACUUUAAUUCUGUGGUUCAUGCACAAAA